CGGCCGUAGCUGCAGCGUCCAAGCGCCACCUUCAGCAUUCGCUCCCAGACUGGAUUUGCAGAGCUGUCGAGGGUCACCAAUAUCCAGCUAUCCAGCGAGUGUCACGUUAGACGCCGUGAAUUUUUUUUUUUCAAAUAAAAGUAAAAAUAAUUCUGUGUCGACAAGGCGGGGUGUACUACAUGUGGGUUUUCUUUUACUGUGUUUCCGGCGCUGUCUUCGUUUAUGACAAGAAAAGCGGCCGCUUUCUCAUGCUUCUCCCCUAACUCCAUGUGCUUAAAAUGCCAUGAUGCCAGGCGGGCUCUGCAUGGAUCCGGACACUUCAAGCACGUCCCACCGACAGCUCUCGGCGCCAAUGAAAACUGUGGGAGGAAAGCCACAAAGGGUUAAGGGACUCCAAGAUCCUGUGGGGCGGAGUGGGAAGGACACGAUUGGAUAAUUGUGGGUGACGUAGCCGACAUGAAAAAGCUAAUAACUUGUUAAGAAGGCAGCCUUCAACUUUAGGAAGAGUGUGCAGAGCCAGAGAGACGGGGAACAGGAGUGGAUGUUUCAGAGAAGUAAGCGGAAAGUAGUUGGCUGUGGACUGUUCAGGUUCUGCAGUAUUCACGGACAUAUAAAAGGGGACAAUGGUGCAGCAGACGGAGAACAGUGAAACGGAAAGUAGCAUGUCCAGAGAAGCUACCGACACAGAAGAGAACGAAUUCAUGGCUUGCAGUCCAGUCCCACUGAACCCAGACUGGUGCAAGACGGCAACUGGUCACAUCAAGCGACCGAUGAAUGCUUUCAUGGUCUGGUCUAAAAUCGAAAGGAGAAAGAUCAUGGAGCAGUCUCCGGACAUGCACAACGCAGAGAUUUCCAAAAGGCUGGGAAAGCGAUGGAAAAUGCUAAAGGACAGUGAAAAGAUCCCUUUCAUCAGGGAAGCCGAGAGGCUUCGGCUAAAACACAUGGCCGAUUAUCCAGACUACAAAUACAGACCCAAGAAAAAACCAAAGCUCGACUCCUCUUCCAAGCCAAGCGCGCCGUCACCGGAGAAAGCCAACGUGAAAAUUACUAAGACUUCGGGUAAGAAAUGUACUAAACUAAAGUCCAGCAAGACCGGCAAUAAAUCAAAUCAUGAUUAUGGUGAAGACUACGGUUUUGCAAAUCUAAAGGGUAAUAAGACUGUUAAGAGUGUGCUUACGGAUGAAGACGACGAUGAUGAAUAUGAUGAUGAUUUGCAAGUUAGAUUAAAGCAGGAGGAUGAGGAGCAGAUGAGGCCGUACAGUGUAGCGAAAGUCCCCGCCAGUCCAACCUUAAGUUCUUCUGCAGAGUCUGAAGGCGCUAGCAUGUACGACGAAGUAAGAAACGCGGCACCGAACAGACUGUUUUACAAUUUCAAAAACAUAACGAAGCAGAGCACAACAUACCCUGCUUCAAUGUCACCAGCAUCGUCCAGGUCGGUUUCCACUUCGUCCAGCUCCAGCGAAGAUGCGGAUGACCUGCUUUUCGAUUUCAGCUUGAAUUUUGCUCCUAACGCUCAAGGAUCGGAACUGGGAAAUCCAAAUUCAGGAAAUCUCUCUCUCUCCCUGGUGGAUAAAGAUUUGGACUCCUUUAGCGAGGGCAGCCUGGGCUCUCACUUUGAAUUCCCAGACUAUUGCACCCCUGAGCUCAGUGAAAUGAUAGCAGGGGACUGGCUGGAGGCGAACUUCUCAGACUUGGUGUUCACUUACUAAAAUAUCCACGAGCUAAUAACAGGGAGGGAGAAAUUAAAAUUAUAUGUGCUGUCCAAGGCUUUCUCAACCCUGCCUCUUCUGUGGUUUAAAUUGGGGGUUGGGGGUGGGGAGAAAAGAGGCGAAGUGAGGUUUGAGGAAUUAAAGAUGCUUAUGAAGCUGGUACGGUUGCAAAAAAAAAAAGUCUGCAGACGUCUUUCUGGCAGCGUGACAGGGUUUUAUGGAUUUUUUCGGCGGGUCUACAAUUAAACUGUUGAACUAAAAUGGACCACUAAGGGAAAUCUAUGAACACUUCUAUGCAUCUUACCCUCUUGAAACUGCAGGGAGCUGAAAACGCAGACUGUGGACUGAUCCGAAUCAAAUCUGUGAACUGGCGCUGUCCAUUGCUUUCCGAUACAAUGGUUUUAUGUGAUUUCUAUAUACCGCAAACGUUUCUUUUUGUAAUCGGUUCCUUUUACCUCCUGGUUUUGAAUAUACAGCAGCCUACACCUCUCAACACUACAGGUAUGGGAGGUAACAUUUUGAUACAUAACAGACCUCAUCUUUUUAAAAGAAAAGUAAGAUAUUUUCAGGCGUAUUUUUGUACAGUUAAAAGGGAAUAUUCUUACUGUUGUCAGUGAGUUUCAGGCACUUCUUCCCUUUUCAUUUGGUUAGCAUGCAAGCAAGUCCUGGUUUCAAGGAUUAAAAGUAAAAAAAAAAAAUCUUGCAUCAAAAUGCCUUGUGAUUUUAAGCUAGGUUUUGUACAGUUGUAGAUCAGGUUCGUUGAGUAUUUGUAGGAAAAAAAUGAAUUGGGGGAAGUAUAGACCUCAGAACUGUUAUUAGUUUCAAGACUGUAUAUGUACUGUAAUAUAGAAAAGUUAGGAGUUUAUGUAUAUCAUACUCGUGAUGUGUGGAUGGCUCCCCAAAUCGCAGGUGUGAAACUGGAUUUUUUUUUUUAAUUUCCUUUUUAUGGCACAUACUGAAAGUUUGUUUGUUUUUUUUCAUUUUUGUGCAAUAUAUUCUCUUAACACAGACCAUCUGCAUUUUUGUAGCAAAUGAUGGGGGGCGGGGGAGAAACAGACUCGUGCACUGUCACCAUAAUCUCUGGAUGCUGAGGUCUGUCUCUUGAUUAAAUAAAUCAGCUGGAACUGAUAGCAAGUGGUUGUGUUGUGAUCCGUUUCUUACCAGAUUUCAAAGUCUCUGCAUUAAGGAUAACCUUAAACGAAGUUUUAACUUCACUUUUCCCUAAUAUGGCAUGUAAAUCCUGUGGGUGGUCUGAGCAAAGUAUUGCAUUUCGUUGUUCCACAAAAUGGAAUAUUUAUUUAAACUCGAUUGCCUAGUUUUCAUAAAGAGAACUACUUUAAUAUUGUGUUCAUUGCACUUAAUGGACCGCUGAAGAAAAUGAAAUCUGUUAUUAAACGCAUGAUUUGGAAUUUGGCUUCAAUGAGCAUAAACGUAAACCAACGAUUCUGGAUAUUAGUUGCUUAAUAUUCCACGUGUCCAUCUUUUGACUCAUCUUUUAAUAAAUGAUUACAUCCAA